AUGUCAACAUCUGACGUCCCUAAACCCCUCAUUUCUUCCCCGGAGGUGAAGAAGCUUCCCUGCGCCUCGGGUCAGUUCUUCGGCCGACCCAAUUGGGGCCGGAUCUUCAAGCAGAACCGUGAGAAGCAUCAGGGGGAACACAUUGGAGUCUUCCUGUGCGGCUCGCCCAUCAUCGGCGAAGAGCUCGGUCGGCAGAGCGUUAAGAAUUCGGACGUCAUCGGGACGCCAGGUGCCACGCGCUUCUCAUUCUUCAAGGAGCACUUCUGA